AGAACGGGUGCCGUUGCAUAUCGACAUUCUUAAGCGGAGCCUGAGCGAUCUAAGUCCAUUGACGCCAGCCUUGAUUGGGGUGGGUCAAUUCUUGUUAUCACGUACGUCCUAUGUCGUGACCAAUGACGUCUUCCGACGCAAUCUAGUACGAACCGACUAUGGCCAAUAUCGCUGAUGCUGUGGGAGAAGGAUCAGUCCCGGAGCUCCGAGAAGCGAUAUCUUGCGCCAUCAUGGUCAAGGAAAUGCAACCAAAUUCUUAUCAGGGCAGGGUGGAGAGCGCAUGGAUGCAUCUUAAUCGCCGAAUCAUGGGUAUUAUCACGGAAUGCGACGCCUUUUGUUCGAGGUGAGGAUUUCCGAGAAUUGACACUAAGGCCGCGCUGACUCUUUGCGCACCUUAAUAUGGAUUAGCGAAGAUGUCGCAUGGACUGCACCUGUCGGUCCCAUGUCAGCAGAUUCGAGACCGCUCUCUAUUCCAAAGCCCGA